GUCCCUAGUGAAGAAUCCAGAAAGGAGAAUGGAAGGGGGGUGGUCUGCAAGGGGGGGAGUCCUCCUCUGCCUCACUGUCAGCCUUCUGUUUCCAGGAAGAGGUGAUACUUUCACCAUCAAUUGCUCAGGCUUUAACCAGCAUGGGGUGGACCCCGCUGCCUUCCAAGCAGUGUUUGACAGAAAGGCCUUCCGUCCAGUCAUCAACUACAGCGUGCCCACUCACGUCAACAUCUCCUUCACCCUGUCUGCCAUCCUGGAAGUGGACGCACAACUCCAGCUGCUGACGUCAUUCCUGUGGAUGAAUUUGAUAUGGGACAAUCCUUUUAUCAGCUGGAACCCAGAAGAGUGUGUUGGCCUCAAUAAACUCACAGUAUCAGCUGAAAACCUGUGGCUCCCAGACAUCUUCAUCGUGGAAUCCAUGGAUGUGGAUCAGACACCUUCAGGUCUCACUGCCUAUGUCAACAGUGAAGGUCGAAUAAGGUACGAUAAGCCAAUGAGGGUGACCAGCAUCUGUAACCUGGACAUCUUCUACUUCCCUUUUGACCAACAGAACUGUACCUUCACCUUCAGUUCUUUCCUCUACUCAGUGGACAGCAUGCUACUAGGCACGGACAAGGAAGUGAGGGAGAUGACAGACACAUCCCGUAAUGUCAUCCGCACCCAGGGAGAGUGGGAGCUCUUGGGCAUCAACAAGGCUACCCCAAAGAUGUCUGUGGGAGGCAACCUUUAUGACCAAAUCACGUUCUUCGUGGCCAUCAGGCGUAGGCCCAGCCUCUAUAUCAUAAACCUCCUGGUGCCCAGUGGCUUUCUGGUUGCCAUCGAUGCCCUCAGUUUCUACCUGCCGGCAGAGAGCGAGAGCCGGGCCCCGUUCAAGAUCACCCUUCUGCUGGGCUACAACGUCUUCCUGCUCAUGAUGAACGACUUACUCCCUUCUAGUGGCACCCCCCUCAUCAGCCUGAAGGAGCCAGUAGAGUUGGUGGGGAAGGCGCCAGGCCCCGGAGAGGCAGCGCUGACCGGGGUCUCAGGAGGGACAGGGGCCCAGCGGGAGCAGGAGGCCCAGAAGCAGCGCCGGGUGGAGCUGUGGGUGGAGUUCAGCCACAUGAUGGACACCCUGCUCUUCCGCCUCUACCUGCUCUUCCUGGCCUCCUCCAUCCUCACCGUCAUCGGCCUCUGGAACACCUAAACAGACAUCUAGCUCUUUCUGCAAACCACAGUGUGGACUUUCUCCUGGUCUUAGAGCCAACCAGACCCAGACUGCUUUCCUAAUCUCAGCCACUUAUCUCAGUGACUGUCAUCCCCCCUUCUGUAUU